GGCGGCAACACCUUUGGCAAUUUUGGAAAAAAAGCUCCUACAAGCACGGCCGAAACUCAAAUAGUUACCAUAUUAAUAGUUGAGAAAGAUGAUGAAGAUGUAUAUGAGAAAGAAUCCUUGUGAAAGGUAGAUCAUAACAUCCAGAUUCGGGACAGCCGAGGGGUGGUCUAAUCUUGGAGUUGAAAACAAAGAAUUGGAGGCUCUGGGAAUGAUCGAAAGGAGAGUUGCUCGUUAAAAUGGAAGUUGCAGCUCCUCAGUCCGUGCGUUUGUCCUUUAUUUUAUCAAACAGAAAACAUGCAACGGAACUGCUCAGGACCAUCUUAACGCUCACCCUUGGCAUCAUGGGAGGGGCAAUACUCCCUCUUUCUUGGGGUUUUGAAGAAACUGGAAUUGUGUGGGGAUUUAUAAUCAUGAUACUAGUUUCAUUUGCAAAUGAUUUCACUUGUGGAUUGCUUCUGAGACAAUCAGAUGCAUUAGGUGCUCAUGAUUAUGAAUCUCUUGCCCUAGCUGUUGGAGGUCGAUUUUAUAAGCAUUUUACAGACUUUUCCAUUAUUAUACUUCUCUUUGGAUCGCUGCUUGGGUCAAUUCAACAGUUUGGAGAGGCUGGUGCUAUUGGGGUCGAGGGUCUCUCACACAAGGUACCCCAUUGGUUGAUGGAUAGAAGUGGGAGCCUUUUGAUGGCACUUGGCACAAUAUUUAUUUCAUUCCCACUUUGCCUUCAUUCAAGACUUCAAGAGUUGGAUAAAGCAGCUGCUCUUGGAACUGCAUUAGUUCUAUGGCUUCUGGUGGUCAUAUUGAUUGAUAGCAUCAAACAUGGAUUGCCGGCAAUUCAUAAUGGUCAACUUAAAAUUGCUGGAGUUCCAUCAUUAAAAAAUAUUUCUCAAGCAACAUCAAUAUUUGGAUUUGCCUUUUAUGUACAACCAAUCAUGAUGCCUUAUUUGAUGGAGCUUCCUUCUGGGAAAGUUGGGAUUGGUAUAUUGAAGUGGGCUACUCGGUUUGUCGUCCUUGGUAUAUCAUUUAUAGUGUAUGCAAUCAUUGGGCUCUUUGGUGCAGCUCGUUAUGGGGAUCAAACAAGUGAUAACAUUCUUCAGAACCGGUGGAUGGGAGGUGGAAUCGGGCAGGGUAUCUUGAAUUUGUCAAUAUCUUUGUAUCUAGCAUUGUCAGUUCCAAUGUUGGAGUUUCCCAUAAGGCAUACAAUCUAUUGUUGGUUUCCAGAGAACAAGAAGUUCCGCCUGCUACAACUCUAUUUAACAGUUGUGAUUCUGUUGCUAUGCUUAUCAUUCGCUUUAUUGUUUCCAAAUAAUUCAGGAAAUGUUCUUGUUGCAACGGGGGCUGUUGGGGUCUGUAUUGUAUCAUAUAUGGUUCCUAUUAUUAAUCAUUUUCUACUCCUAUUUAAGAGGGUGAAACCUCUUGAGAAUGCUCACACUCAAGAUGCAAGUGUUCAAGUUCAAGAAAAGGAUGGUUUGGGGUCUUCUCAAUCAAUGAGCUAUAGGAUGAAGAGAAAGGAUGGAAUAUGGAAUAUUGUGUUUGAAAUGUUGUGGGAAAUUUUUAUCCCUCUAUUAGUAGUUGGAGUUGGAUUGUUUUGUAGCAUAAUGGCAUUAUGCACUUUGUAAUCAUUAUGGACUCAAAAAGUGUUAUGAUAUUCAUAUUAUAGGCCAUGGUAUGUAAUAAUAAAAAUGGUGUCAUUUGAUUUCAUUAUUUAUUUAACUAUUCUUUGUUG